GCAGCAAGGGGUUAAACGUCCCUCCCUCCUUUUAAAAGUCCACCUUCGUCAAGUCCCUCUGCGCUGCCAUGUACGCUGCGUAAAACGGGGGCUGCAUUUCAAACAUCUCCGAUUUUCGACACAAACAUACAAACAUACUCACACAUACAUACCAACAAACAUGCGCAUAGACAUGCAUAAAUACAUAUGCAUACAUGCAUACAUGCAUACGUGAAGGGGGAGACCCGCUGAUCCCAUGAAUGGGAGUCGACCUGCAGCGCGGGGAGUUUCUUGUGCUCGACUCGGCGGAGACGACAGGAGCAGUGCGCACGCCGCGCGUAAAGCUCCGCGACGAGGCGUCCUUCAGCUGCACUUUAACCAUGUCCGUCACCCAAGUCUGAGGGAGGACGUCGCUCGACUGGGAUUUCGGGAGACGAGUCGUCGGGACGAGCGGGAGGGAGUCGCACCUUGAAACGUUGUGCACCAUGGGAAACGCGCGCGAGAUUGAGAGACGCUGACAGGAAAGUCAGGCCAGAAAGGAGAGGGGUAACGACGCAACAGCCACGGGCCAUCUGCGCUUGAUUAGGAGAGGGCGUUUGAUGCUCGGUCCUGCGAUGCCAGAGGAAGUCAACAAGGAGGCCAUGACAGUGCUGGCGGCCCCAGAGAGAGUCCAGACGGAGAAGGCUAGCAGCAACGACCACGCUCCCGCUACGGUGACAUACGUGACCGUCCCAUUGGUCAACGAGGUCCAGCUGACGGCGGCCACGGGCGGAGCCGAACUGUCCUGCUACCGCUGCACGGUUCCGUUCGGCGUGGUGGUGCUCAUCGCGGGCAUCGUGGUCACCGCCGUGGCCUACAGCUUCAAUUCCCACGGCUCCACCAUCUCCUACUUCGGUUUGGUGCUCCUGUCGGCCGGGCUGGUGCUCCUGGCGUCCAGCGCCAUCUGCUGGAAGGUGAGACUAGAGCGGAAGAAGGAGAGGCGGCGGGAGAGCCAAACGGUCCUGGUCGCGCACCAAAGGAGCAUUUUUACUUGAGUCUAAACAUCAAAGGGAUUUGGCACAGUCCUGAAAAGGCCGAUGGUGAGGUGGUUUUAGAAAUGGAGACACAGCUGUAGGCAAGACGCACCAGCGAGAGAUGUUUGGCGACUCUGGGAGGUCGCCGACCUGCAAAGCCUUGAUCGCCUGGCGCAAGAACAGCCUAAGAGCUUCGAAAUCAUUAAGGGAGUUUUAACAUUUGUAAAAUGAAACGUUGUGCAUCUGGCGAGCUGGGAACGGAGCCAAAGCCAAUGUAUCACAAUUAAGAUGAAUUACUACCAUGGACGGCAAUGGAAAGGAAGUCUCUCCUUAAUCGACUGUUACAUCUGGUGGCUGUGAUUGUGAUGGGAGGGUGUGCAGUUUGAAAGAAGA